CUUGUCCACAAUAAGACACCAUAAAGAUCACCGUCACUUCCACUGGAAAAGUUCGCUGCAGGCUGCAGGAGGGAGAUGAAAUGUAGAAAAAGUGUGCUAUCAGACUGAAUGGAGCAGUCCUCUCUCUCUCUCUCUCUCUUUCUCCUUCUGCUUCAGUAUUAACAGGCUGGAUUUUGCCUGAAUACCGAAGACAUGCGCGCUGAACAGGGGGAGGAGGUGGAACACGGACUGUCUGCUCCUGAUGGUCUGUGUUGACUCCAUCAUCACUCAAUUAUGGUGCGGAACUCUCGUUUUCUAAUCGUCUGUUCUUGUGGAAAAGGGGGAAAGUGAAGGAAGGGUUUUCUUUCCACCAUUUAUAUACAGGAAGAUCAUUUGAUACUUUUUCGUUGUUUUGGAGCUUUUAGUUUCUUACAGAUCAGGAGUCUUUUUAUUAUUUUUAUUAUUAUUAUUAAUAUUAGAUUUUUCUAAUAAUCGCUCGCCCCCGCCGCCACCCUGAAGUUCAUUGUUAUUAUCUUGGCCGCCGGGAUGGUGGCCUUCAUCGGAGCGGUUAUCUGCAUCAUCGCGGCCGUCCACACCGGAUCCUCCAAGGCUGCCGCGGCACAACAGCAACCGGCAACCGACAACCACUCGCUGUAUCCGGACGCGGCGGCGCAGACCCCCGCCGCCGGGGGCUCCGUGGCCAGGGCCGGGUCUUUGGGCGCUCUCCAUGGUUCUGAAACACCCGAUUCGGAGGCGCCCACCUUCAACAUCGGGCUCAGCGGGCUGGAUGGGGUCACUGGACUCACCGGGCAUGACCCGACGGUCAGCCGGCUCAUCUGCACGCCGAUCCCCGCCGGGGAGUGCAACCCGAAAAACUUUAAGCAACAAGCGGACGACCCGUCGCUGUACGCGGGCGAAGACUGGGGGUACCUCCGCACCACCGCGGAGGAGCUCCGGCAGACGGUCCUGCAGCAAAAAGACCAGAUACUCAACGACCAGAGGACCAUCAGGCAGCUGACGGGGAAACUAUCCGAGUGUGAGAGGGGGCUGGACGGCAGGAGCAGCGGCGCGGACAGACGCGGGAGCGCUGCGGGGCUGUGGGGGGGCAAAGGUGCGGCGGAGGAGACGCAUGUGGAGCGGAUCAUGGUGCGGGACAGUCCGGCGUCCGCAUCGGACAGUGUCCACUUGCUCACCGUCAGGGCUGUGGAUGAGCUGGAGCAGGCUAUCACUCAGCUCAAAGACCGCAUAGAGAAACUGGAGUCAGACAUUGGCCCGUUUCCUCACAACCAGACGGAUGGCAGCAGCUCAGGAGUGCCAGAGGAGGGCGAGAUGUCUGUCAGCCCAGAAAGGUCGGCCGAUCCCGGGCACAAAGCUGACGCUGACAGGCCCUGGAGGAUGGAAGAUUUGGAGGGGGAGCUGGAGAGGAAGGUGGAGCUGCUGGAGAAAGAGAGAAAAGCCCUGAGGCUGGAAACUGAGAAACACAGACAGGAAAUCGACCAGGGCCUCAGUAAACUACACCACCGACUCUCAGGGCUGGAAGAAGGUGUCUCCGGGCAUCCGUUCCCGGAGGGCUACAGGCUGUCCUUCCCGACACGGACAAACUACAUGUACGCUGUCGUCAAACACUCCGUCCCAAAGCUGCGGGCCUUCACCCUCUGCCUGUGGCUGCGUCCGGCGGAGGGGGGCAUCGGGACGCCUCUGUCUUACGCUGUUGCUGAGCAGCCGAACGAACUGGUGCUGCUGCAAGGCCUGCACACCCCCACCGAGCUGCUCGUCAACGACAAGGUGGCCCAGUUACCUCUGAACCUCUCCAGAGGCAGCUGGCAGCACAUCUGUGUGAGCUGGAGCCAGAAGGGAGGAGCCUGGCAGGCCUACCAGGGGGGAAAGCUGAGGGGCGAGGGCCACUCACUGGCAGCCGGACAUCAUAUCAGACCUGGAGGAGUGCUCAUGCUGGGGCAGGAGCAGGAUUCCCUAGGCGGGGGGUUUGAUUCAUCCCAGGCCUUGGUUGGAGAGCUGUCCCAAGUGGGUCUUUGGGACCGGGUCCUGUCCUCCAGCCAGGUGGCCAGCUUGGCUCGCUGCGGCAAAGUAACCCAGGGCAGCGUGGCCCCGUGGACGGAGAACGGAGUCGAGGUUUUCGGUGGAGCCACCAAGCACCCGGGGGAGCCGUGCAGUAAACACAGCAGGAGCUCUCAGUGACCGACGGCGAAAGGCUUUGAGGAAGGGGGAGGUGAAAGAAGGGCGGGGAUGAGGGAGGGAAGUUGUAGCCAUGUCAAGAAGGUAGGAUAACAUCUGCCCAUUAUUAGCACUGCUGCGCUCGGAUCAACUCUAUGUAAAUGUGGCACAGUAGAAGCUUUGCAGUUACUUCACCGAAUUUCUAGCAACCACAUCCGAUCCAAAAAUAAAUGGGAUUCCUCAUAAAUUUAGCAGUUGUAAAGGUAUAGGUCACAUUUUAAGCUACGUGUACUUAAUGAGUUAAACGAAGGACAUUCUAGUAAAGUAGAUUGGUCUCCAGACAGGGUACCUUCACUUAUGUUGGUCCUACCUCCUGCUCUCUAUGCUUUGUUAGCAAACCAGCUAGCAGUGUAACUACUUAAAGUAAUGUAAACAUUAACACCAGUCUACAUAGCAAACAACUGAACCGACUGCUAGCUAAACCAGUGAGCAAAUUUGUUGGCAAUAACACAGUGAAGCUUAGCUAACCCUAACAUGUAUGAUUAGCUAGCUAAGAAGCUGCCAGUAUCUAAACCUUAAAAGGAAUAAUUCAACAUUUUGGGAAAUAUGCUAAUUGACUUUCUAGCAGAGAGUUAAAUGAGAAGAGGAAUAUCACUCUCACGUCUGUACAGUAGCCCAGAGUAAAGACCGAGGACGGAGGGAAACGGCCGCCCUCGCCAACUAGCUCCUUAAGGCUCGUUAGUUAAUUUGUUAUGUCUCGUUCGUCAAACCUGUACAAAAACCCAUGAUUAAAAAUGAAAGUUUAUUUUUAUGCAGAGUUUGUGCCAAACUAUUCUUGGCCAGGACAAGUUGCCUGACAACCAGCACAGACUCCCGGAGGUUUCUGGUCCCGGGCCAAGAAAUAGCCUGUUACAUAACCCCUUGUAAAGCGGCAAAUUGAUGUUGUUACUCUUCAGUUUUUGUAUGGAUUAAAACAAACGAGAUACAGCAUGUUCAUUUGUGAGCUUUAGAGAUCUUUAUAGGCAGAUUUUUUUGUUGUUGGAUACAGCUAAGCUAGGCGGUUACCCCCCUUUCCUGUCUUUAUGCUACGCUACGUUACCCCAGCUGCUGGUGGUAGCAUCAUAUGUACCCAUAACUUUUUUAAAGUAAUAGUAACAAACUUUUCUUUAAAAAUAAUCAGAUCAUUGAGGAAGUCAUUGUUUAACAGCCAAAACUGUGCAGAAAGUAACUUUUUGUUUAGACAGCUAAGUUGUAAUAAAUCCAAUGAGCUGUCCCCAGCUGUUGUCGCCUGAGAGCUGUUAACCUCCACUAUGACUACCAGAAGUUGUGUUAAGCCAUCUGAAACCCCUCCAUGAGUGGAGCAGGGUGAGACAGGAGUUAAUUAAGCCUAUGACAGCUUUAGAGUUGGGAGUCAAGGUAAGGUGAUGAAAAAUGCUGCAGAGGGAAUAUUAAGCAGUAGAUGAUGAAAGAGAAAGGAAAGAGGGAGGACACGGGGAAAGAUAGAAGGAUCAGGCCCUUGUUAGGAGCGAUGUUACAUCGCUUUCACCUCUGCAUGAUGUAUUCAUAUACUUGUAAUGUCUUGCCACUGCAAUAUGUUUCUCACAAGUUUCACGAAAGAGGAGAGUGCCUCCUGAAUCCACGCCUCUGUGGCUCGUGUUUGUGUUUAUCCAAGAAGGCCUGAGUGUCUCUUUUUGUUCACUAAACGAGUGAGCUGAACCAAUCUAAAUCAAGACAUCUUAUUCCCUAAGGAAAGCACCAUCAUUAGCAGAAUACUCCUCUUCUUUUCUUUGGACGCAUCUGCAAACUUCUUGUCAAGCUUUUGCCCCAUUUAUGUCAUUCUGUACACAUUUAGAAAAUCAAGGUCAAACUAUGUGGUGUAAUCAAAAAACCCUUUGGUCUUGAAUGCAACCUUCAAAACUCACAUAUACUUAUAUUACUUUCAAAUUUUCAUGAUGCACUCGUAGUAAUUUUAACAUUCUUAGAUAUCGACUGUUUUCUCUUUGCGGUUUUUAUACAUGCAACCACUCAGUAAUGUGAUAAAUGAACAACCUGCAACCUCCAGCUCUUCCAACCUUCCUACAUUCCAUGCAUGAGUUGUUACUGUAUGUUUGUAACGCGUCUCGUCUCGCAUCCGGUGUGUUUCUGGAAAAUCCACCUACAACCACGUUUGUACCGCGAGAACCUUUGGACGACUGAUCUCAACGGUCGUACGGGACACGGUGUUAAAUACAGAUUGUUCAUUUCAAAAACUUCUACAACACUGGCUACUCCCUCACAUCAAAAUGAUCCUUAGUGGAAAGUGCCUGUCAGGGUGUUUGUACCCAUGUAAAACAAAUCAUCAAAUGUAUUAUGCUGAUGAAAAAUUCACACUGCGAGAUAUUUUUGAACUAAUUAAGCAUGAGUUCCUCUGUGAGUUCCACGGUGAGUUUUUGAGAUUUAAGAGGUUUGACAAAACAUUUGCAAACACCAACGCAGGACGAGAAACUUCUGUGCAGUGCCGCCAAACCGAUGCUAAAUCAGGUCAAAAUCAUCUUGCUGUGCCUAACAGUGUCUUUGAUGAUGCCUCUCAGUCUGCCGUCUUAUUAUUAAUAUUAUGCCUGGUGUCUGCUCAGCUCAUGUCAGAGCUUUUUUUUGGGGCUUUUUGAUAGUGAUGUGGCAUUAUUAUGUUUAUGAUUAUUGAAACUGAAAACUAAGCUUUUUAACUCUAUCUGCACUGUUUGUCUUUUUUUAAAUGCCAAAUGUUUUUUGUUUUUUUUCCACUGUAUGCAUCGGUAUCAGUCUGUUUUCAUGUUGUCGUUUGUAUAAAUACUGUAUGUCCAUGUCUUGUACGGUGUUGUAUUGUUCUGAAUGUGUCGUGUACAAACCUCAAAUCUUUAUUAAAGUCCUAAUUUUCA